AUGGGCAAGGCGGCCCGUACUGAUAUAAGGAGCUUGAUGGAUAACUAUAACUUGGACAAACAGCCACGGGCCAAUAUUCCCAUAUGCAUCGAAGACAUGUUGUUUACCGUCAACAGGAAAAAUGCUAUAUACCUACUCCAGUUUAAACAUAUUCGAUUGACUCUCCAGCGGGAUCCCCACAGUGGUCCUCCCAAGCCGAUGAUUGAAAUCGAACCCCAGUUUGUGAAGAGUGUUCUUGAAAUAACAAGUUUCAAUACAUUUGCACCUCCUGAGGUUGUUUAUGGCGUGUCUCUUGUUUUUAGCCCACAUGUAUUGCUUUCUAUCAUUUUAUUCUAUAUUGAAUUGCCACUUCCUUUGAAACCCGAGAUACAAAACUACUUUGUCUUCCCGAACGUUGCUGUUGUUACCAGCCAGCCUCGUAUUCUCUGGGAGACACGCCUGACGGAAGGUGCCCUUGAUGCUCAAUUAAGGACUGUCAGCGAUAUACAUAGGUUUCUCAACUCUUUUUUUCUCGCACCAAUUCCGUUACAGGGGGACAGGGAAUUGAUAGACCAGAGCGGUAAGUGA